GAGUUGAAUUUGGGUUUAGUUGAUUUGGAUUUUAGGAUGAACCGGAUUGAUUUCGAGGAGGUGAGGAUUGAUCUUGCCAAGGCCCAACAACGAAGUCCCGAAUUCAGAGAAAUAAAUCCGAUGAGACAAGUUCCAGCUAUUGUUGAUGGAAGGUUUAAGCUGUUUGAGAGCCAUGCAAUUUUCUGGUAUCUCACUUGUUCAUUCCCAGGAGUUCUGGACCACUGGUAUCCUGCCGAUGUUUCUGACAGAGCAAGAAUUGAGGCAAUCUUGUAUUGGCAUCAUUCAAACCUACGGCGUGGUUUAGCCUCCCUUGUUUUUAACAGUGUAUUGGCACCAAUAUUUGGUCUUCCAUUGAAUAUGAAAGCAGCAAAGGAAGCAGAGAAAAUUCUGGACUCAUCUCUCUCAAAAAUCGAAAGCAUUUGGCUUAAAGGAAACUCUAAAUUCUUGUUGGGAAAUUUUCAACCCUCUAUUGCAGACCUCAGCCUUGUUUGCGAGAUAAUGCAAUUGGAGCUUUUGGACAAAAAGGAUUGGGAGAGAGUAUUAAAUCCUCGUAAAAAGAUCCUACAAUGGAUCUAA